ACCAGCCGGGGAGUGGGGGUCUGUGCCCCCAGAAUAAGGAUGUGUUAGGAGCUCCCCGUGUUAGAACUAGGAGAACAGAGGUUGGACUGCAAAGCUUAAAGUAUUUGCCAUCAGGCCCUUCGCGCUCUGAGCCGCGUCCCGGGAUACGGAGCGUGCCGGGCUGUCUGUGAAGCUGCGGGUUGGAAGGAGAGGAUUUUGGAAGGAAAUACUUUGUUGGCCUGCAGAAGAGAGUCAGGGUCUGAGGUCACUUUGAGACAGUUUCGGCCUCCAGGGACGCCCGGCGGGUCAUCGUCCCUGGAGCUGAGCAGCUCCGCCUGUGCAGGACCAGCAGGCAUCCUUCCAUCCUCGCUGUGCUGAUGGAGAAUAUGGCCUCGUAAGGGAGGGAGACGGCAGAUAAGUCAGCCAGUGUUUGCGCCAGAUAAUUAAGGGCUUGUGAUGGUUGCCUGGCAAGGAAUAAACAAGGCCUCUGCUCCGGCACGAUGUCAACAGAGAGGGCUUUCCUGACCACUGUCCAACCUCGGGUUUCCAUGGAAACCAGCCCCCACUUGGAGCAAAACACCAGCAGAGCCAAGGCUUACUAAGGCUUACGGCAGUGAGAGCCCAUUGAAUGGGCUGCAGGCACCAGACGCGGGGGCUCCAAGGGCCGAUCCCCCCGCGCUUCCUCCGACCCCACAGCCCCGCACUGGGAACACCAGGCCGGAUGCGGCUGUGCCGCCGAGCAUCCACACAGCCCUGCGGGCUGGCUGGCAGGGGCGCCUGGUUCGUCCGCAUUAGACCCAUCCUGUGAUGCUUUGUGGACAGUGGCAUAAAGUACCCCUGCUGGUGCGCUGAGGCGGCCCGGCUGCGGACGGAGGACCGAGGAGCCGGCUGUCUGGGAACGGGCCCAGGGGACAUGCGGACGUGUCUCCACCUGCAGCUUUCUCCCGCUGCCUGCGCAGACCUUGAGUAAGCGACUGCGUGAACUAAUGAACCGUUACUACAAAGACUGAAUGUUUCUGAAGGACUUGGAAUAGUGCUUACCUUUAGGCCCACCCCCCCACAGCCGCACCCACAAAGGGUCUUGGCAGCAGGCAGGUCGUGCGGGAGCCCCCAUGUCCCAGGGGCCCGCGCGCCAUGCCUGGAGCUCGGUCGGCUGUGUCUUCUUUUUCCCGUCUUCUCCGCGGGAUCAUGGGAGACCCCCUUGACCUUGUCUUCGGAGUAGUGCUCGUGGCCAGUCCUGUGCUGGCGCUUUCUUCCUGCUCCUCGGAUGGUCGGCUAGCCUUGUACCGAUUCUGCAACCUCACCCAGGUGCCCUGGGUGCCUGGCACCACGGAGAUCCUCCUGCUAAGCUUCAACUACAUCGAGACUGUCACUGCCUCCUCAUUUCCCCUCCUGGAGCAGCUGGGGCUUCUGGAGCUCGGGACUCAGUAUACCCCCUUGCGUGUUGACCGAGAGGCCUUCCGAAACCUGCCCAAUCUUAGAGUCUUGGACCUGGGCGGGAGCCACAUGCAUUUCCUGCAUCUCGACGCUUUCCAGGGGCUGCCCCACCUGCUGGAACUUCGACUCUUCUUCUGUGCUCUCUCCGAUGCCGUAUUAAGAGACGGUUAUUUCCGAAACCUGGACUCUUUGACUCGCCUGGACCUGUCCAAAAAUCAGAUUCGUAGCCUUCACCUUCAUCCUUCAUUCCGGGAGUUGAAUUCCUUGAAGUCUAUCGAUUUUUCCCUCAACCAGAUACCCAUCGUAUGUGAACAGGAGCUCAAGCCCCUCCAAGGGAAGACGCUCUCCUUCUUAAGCCUCGCCACCAAUGGCUUGUACAGCAGGGUCCCCAUGGACUGGGCCAAGUGUAUGAACCCAUUCAGAGACAUGGUGCUGGAAACCCUGGAUGUUUCUCACAACGGCUGGACCGCGGAUGUCACGGGGAACUUCAGCAGGGCCAUCAAUGGGAGCCAGACCUCCUCUCUGGUUCUCGCCUACCACAUCAUGGGGGCUGGGUUUGGCUUCCGUAACAUCCGGGACCCUGACCGGAGCACAUUUGCCGGCCUGGCCAGGAGCUCAGUGGUACGUCUGGAUCUUUCACACGGCUUUAUCUUCUCUCUGAACUUUAGGCUCUUUGAGUCUCUCAGGCACUUGAAGGUCCUGAACCUCGCCCACAACAAAAUAAACAAGAUUGCAGGGGAAGCGUUUUAUGGACUCGACAGCCUGCAGGUUCUCAACAUGUCACAUAACCUUCUGGGCGAGCUUUAUAAUUCUGAUUUCCGUGGACUGCCUGAGGUAGCCUAUAUUGACCUUCAAAACAACCACAUUGGGAUCAUUCAGGACCAGACAUUCAAGUCCCUGAAAACAUUACAGACCUUGGAUCUCCGCGAUAAUGCCCUUAAAACCAUUUCUUUCAUCCCGAGCAUCCCUACUAUCUUCUUGGGCAGCAAUAAACUGGUGACCUUGCCGAACGUAAGGCUUACGGCCAACUUCAUCCACUUGUCAGAGAACAGGCUAGAAGAUCUGGACAGUCUCUACUUCCUUCUCCGGGUCCCUCACCUCCAGAUCCUCAUUCUGAAUCAAAACCGCCUUUCUUCUUGCAACCCAGCUCAUGCCCCAGCGGGGAGCCUCAGCCUGGAGAAGCUUUUCCUUGGAGGAAAUAUGUUGCAGCUGGCCUGGGAAACCGGCUUCUGCUGGGAUGUUUUUAAGGGGCUCUCCCGGCUCCAGGUCCUGUAUCUAAAUAACAACUACCUGAAUUUCCUUCCGCCAGGAGUAUUUAGCGACCUGACCGCACUGAGGGGUCUCAGCCUCAGCUCCAACAGGCUCACCGUUCUUUCUCCCGGCGACUUGCCUGCUAAUUUGGAAGUCCUGGACGUGUCCAGAAACCAGCUCCUGUCCCCUGACCCCGAUCUGUUUGAGGGCCUCAGUGCCGUGGACAUAACGUACAACAAGUUCAUCUGUGAGUGUGAACUCCGUCCCUUCAUCAGCUGGCUCAACCAGACCAACGUCACUGUGCUUGGGUCUCAUGCAGACGUCCUCUGCAUGUACCCCGCCUCGCUUGCUGGGACCUCCCUCUCCUCUGUGUCCAUGGAGGGUUGUGACGAAGAGGAAGUCUUAAAGUCCCUGAAGUUGUCCCUUUUCAUUUUAUCCAGUGUUACCGUGACUCUGUUCCUCACGGCUGUCCUCACGGUCGCCAAGUUCCGGGGGCUUUGUUUCCUCUGCUACAAGGCAGCCUGCAGACUGCUGUCCACGGACCACGCCAAGGGCAGCGGGUCUGACGUGUACAAAUACGACGCGUAUCUGUGCUUCAGCAACAAGGACUUUGAGUGGGUGCAAAACGCUUUGCUCAAGCACCUAGAUGCUCAGUACAGCGACCAAAACAGAUUCAACCUGUGCUUCGAGGAGAGAGACUUUGUCCCGGGGCAAGACCACAUCGCCAACAUCCAGGACGCCGUGUGGGGCAGCAGGAAGGUGGUCUGUCUCGUGAGCAGGCACUUCCUCCGAGACGGCUGGUGCCUCGAAGCCUUCAGUUACGCCCAGAGCCGCUGUGUGUCUGACCUCGACGGUGCCCUCAUCCUGGUGGUCGUGGGGUCCCUGUCCCAGUACCAGCUGAUGAAGCAUCAGUCUCUCAGGGGAUUCGUGCAGAAGCGGCAGUAUUUGAGGUGGCCUGAAGACCUCCAAGAUGUCGACUGGUUUCUUAAUAAACUCUCUCAGCACCUUCUAAAGAAAGAAAAGGGAACGAAGAGAGACGGCGACAUUCAGCUACAAACCAUAGUGAGCGUCUCCUCAUCCGCUAAUCCCAAGCCACAGACAGCUCUGCGUCUGUGCUAAGCUACCGUUUGGGGUCCUUUCUCGUAGCUUGUCUUUCCUACUAGGAACACGACGGGCUGUUGGUUUUCGUACCAACACGAUGCCCGGUCUCCCUGACCCCACCAUGGAGGGGAGAACUGUUUUCUCCCGUUGUGCCGACCACAGGGCGUGCCCCGGUCGGGGGACGGGCACCGGGAGACCCUUCCCCAGCACUCAGGCCGUCCCUGCAGAACAACACUAAAUGAGCACACGGACGAAGAGGCGGGUUUCCUUCCCCUUGUGGGAACAGUGCCGUUGCUGGGUAUGGGUCACGCCUCAUCUCCGGGUAGGGGUGAUCCCGAGGAGGCCGGGACGAGAAUCGCUAGAUGUCUCGGGGCCAUACCACGCUUCCUGUUCUGACCCUCGAGGUCUCACCUCUGUGGGCCGAGAACGUUCUUUGUCAGCCUUAUUUCCUCCAACUCAUCAGCCGUUUGGCGGCUGCAGGAAGAACAAGGCCCACAUCCUGGUCUGAGUCCUGAUUCUGCUCCUGCGGGCUGUGUGACCCAGAGUGCCUGAUGUGCCCUCUCUGGGCCUGGUCUCGUCUGUGGGCAUGCUCGUAUCUACCAAGGAUGUCAGGCUUCUCAAACCUUUCCUCGGUCGCCCUGUCGGCCACAGGGAUGCACACUCGGGGGCACCUUUGCUGGCAGUCGAAACUUCCUUGAGAUUGUAUUUUUUUACCUCAAAAGAAAUCUAUAUACAUUUUGCAUUCUGUCUU